UUGCUCACAGCUGAUCAGAGUCCCUGCAGCCUCGAUCACACCCGCUGCAACUAAACGGGGCUAUUAUCGAUCCUGAUUGAUUGAUUGGCAUCGCGAUGGCGCCGCUGUCCAUCCAGUCGGGAGUGAAUUACGCCAAAACUCUGCUUCCGGAGACUCUGCUGAGGUCUGUAUCUACAGUCCAGACCACCAUCUCUCGUCACAUCCUGCCCUCAGCUCAGCCGCGCUAUUUCAAGGUCUGCACCAGCAGCCGGAGGCGGCGGCGAGGUUUGGAGGCGUGCUCCCUGGACGAGCUGCUGGAGCAGGCGGUCAGGGUGUUCAUGCUGUCCUGCCAGUUCCUGACCGUGGUCCUGGAGGAGGACGGGACUGUGGUGGACUCUGAGGAAUUCUUCCAGUCGCUGCCCAGCAACACACCGCUGAUGGUGCUGGAGGAAGGAGAGAUAUGGACGCAGAACAAGAUGUUCCCGAGUUUCCGUCAGCCAAAGAAGAACGGGAUUGCUAAACUGACCUUCGACCUCUACAAGCUGCACCCCAAAGACUUCCUGUGCUGCCUCGCCGUCAGGGCCACCCUGUAUGAGAUGUACUCGCUGUCCUACGACUUCAGAUGCAGCCGGGUGAAACACGUCUUCAAGUUGCUGCUGCGCUGCUUCACCUGCCUGACCAGACUGACGGGCCAGCUGCUGCUCUACACGUCCUCAUCGUUACUGCAGUACACCGCAGAGGACGACUGCUAGAGAGUGUGUGUGUGUGUGUGUGUGUGUGUGUGUGUGUGUGUGUGUGUUUCUCCACUUAAUGGAUGAAUUCAGUCCAUCAGUUUUAAUGUUUUCCUCUUGCUCACUGUUUAAUCCGAAUGGAACGAUCUUCCUCUUCUUCUGGACACUGAGCACGUUUUAACUGUGUGUGUGAAUGUCAGGAGGAAAUUAUUUCAACUGUCACAAAUUUGUAUUUAAUGCCAAAAUGAAAAAGAUUAAAACAAAUUUAACAUCUGUAAAUCAAAGAUAUUAAUAAAAAUAGACUUUUCUAAGUUCUCUAGAUCUGUAAGUUUCUGUAAACCUGGAGGUCUCACUCUUUGGAUUUCUUUUAGUUUCUGUCUCACAGCUUGUUCUCUGCAGAAUAAAGCAGUCAUCAGCA